AUGGAUAUUGAAGCAAAUAGAUAUCAGUAAGAUGCUGCAUACCUCUAUGAAGGUUAGCAAAGCUCUUCAUCUGAAGAAUUUUCUACUAAAUCUCUGAUUAAUAGUCCUAGCUUUAGAAUUUAAUUCAUUAGAAAAGUUUACUCUAUAUUGUUAACAUAACUUUUAUUGACUGCAUUGGUAUGCUAUGCAGGAAUGUAUAAUCCUACUUUUGGUGCUUAUUUAAUUACUAGCCCUGCAACACUUGUUCUUUCUAUUAUUGUUUCGCUUUCCAUUUUACUCGCUAUGUUUUGCAAUAAAAAUGUAAGUAGAAUUGUCCCAGCCAACUAUAUCCUUCUUGGUUUGUUCACUGUUUGUGAAAGCUAUAUUGUCAGUUUCUUUUGUGCUUUGAUUAGCUGGACUGAAUCUGGUCAACCAGAUUACGAAGGGAGAAAUUUAGUUUUACUUGCCGCAUUCUUUACAAUUGGUAUCACUAUCUCUCUAACUGUUUAUGCAUUUACUACAAAGCAAGAUUUCUCAUUCUGUGGAGGGUUAUUAUUUGUUAUGCUUUCUUCUUUUAUUUUAUCUUCUAUUCUACUUGUAUUUUACAAUAACUAUGUCUUAGAAAUAGUAGCUUGUUCUAUCACAGCUAUUAUCUAUGGAAUUUACAUUGUUUAUGACACCUAGAUUGUAGUAGGUGGUAAAUAUUUUGAACUUUCUAUAGAUGACUAUAUCCUUGGUGCUUUAAUGUUAUACAUUGAUAUAAUUAGACUCUUUUUAAGAAUAUUAGAGAUAAUCAUUAGAUCAAAAGGUAAAUGA